UCUCUCAUCAAUUCAAAAAUUCCUUCUUCUGCAAUUUCAUCAUCAUCACUGAUUCACUCUGUAUACUGAAUUACUGAUCUGUUCUUGAUCAUGAUCGAGAUUCGUUUCUGUAACCUGUAAUUCAUCGCAGUUGAUUCAUACAUAUAUCAAAUAUAUGUACAUACCAAAAGUAGAUUAACCGUUUCAUUAAUCAGCAUGCUGUCUGCAUCGGUAUAAUCGGUGUUCGUCCUUUGGAUCUCUGAAAAAAACUGAUUCUAUCUAUUGUUUUCACUACUCAUGGCGUUUCCUAAUCAUCUCUCGCAAGAAAUGGCGUUGCAGAAUUUCUCAGGUCAUCAUUUACCUGAACAUAUAGGUCAGUCAUCGCCGGAAGAUGCAGGAGGAAAGGAGCAUAAGGAUAUACAGCGCCUUAUACUUGAAUCAACCGGUAAGUCGUCUUCGGAGCAGCAUCAACAUCAGCAUCAACAUCAUCAUCAGCAUCAGCAGCAACCGACUUGGUUAAACAGUGCAAUCCUACGGCAGAGUCAGUACGGUGAGAGUAAUUUCCUUCAUCUACAUACGAAUCCUGAAUCUACAACUCCUCAGACUUCAAAUCAGUGGCUAUCGAGAUCGAUUCUUCAAAGGAACGUUAGCGACGUGAGGGACGAUGUUCAAGUAUCCGGCGAUUCGAUGAUUGCUGCUGCGAUGUCUCACGAUUCAACCGAUUUGAACCCUAGCAACAACGAUAAUCGAAAUAUUGGGAGUCAGUUGGAGAAUAAUGGAGGUGGAGGUGGAGAUUUGACGGAAAGUGACGUCGGCGGUGGCGGUGGAAGCGAUGGUGUAAUGAAUUGGCAAAACGCGAGAAAUAAGGCUGAAAUCUUAUCGCAUCCACUUUAUGAACAGUUAUUAUCGGCUCACGUUGCUUGUUUGCGUAUCGCUACUCCGGUGGAUCAGUUACCGAGGAUCGACGCUCAGUUAGCACAGUCGCAGAAUGUGGUCGCGAAGUAUUCAGGUUUAGCUCAUGCUGCGAAUCUUGGAGUGGAUGAAAAGGAGCUUGAUCAAUUCAUGACUCAUUAUGUCCUAUUGCUUUGUUCUUUCAAAGAACAACUGCAACAACAUGUUCGUGUACAUGCAAUGGAAGCAGUUAUGGCAUGUUGGGAGAUUGAACAGUCCUUACAAAGCUUAACAGGAGUUUCACCCGGAGAAGGAACAGGAGCUACAAUGUCGGACGAUGAGGAUGAUCCACUAGAUAGCGACGCGAUUAUAUUCGAUGGAGGAAUGGACGGUUCAGAUAGCCUAGGAUUCGGUCCUCUCAUUCCCACAGAGACAGAGAGAACCUUAAUGGAACGAGUUAGACAAGAACUCAAACACGAACUCAAACAGGGAUACAAGGAAAAGAUUGUGGACAUUAGGGAAGAAAUAUUGCGUAAAAGGAGAGCAGGAAAGCUCCCUGGUGAUACAACUUCCGUGUUAAAAUCUUGGUGGCAAUCGCAUGCCAAAUGGCCAUACCCGACGGAGGAAGAUAAGGCAAGAUUAGUACAAGAGACAGGGUUACAAUUAAAGCAGAUAAACAAUUGGUUUAUUAACCAGAGAAAGAGGAAUUGGCAUAGCAAUCCUUCAAGCUCAACAGUGUUGAAGAGCAAAAGGAAAAGUAAUGCAGGUGAGAAAAAUACAGGAAGCUUUGCAUAAACGACGAUGAAUGAAUGAUUCAUUUUUCAUGUAUCUAUAAAUACACAAGAUUCGAUAAUUCGAUAAGGUAAGACCUAUUACUAUUAUUAUUAUUACUAUUAUAUGGUCUUAUCAAAACAAAAUGAAACGAAUUAAACAUUUCAAUUGAUUAUUGCAUUGUACAGUAAGUAAAAUAACAGAUUGGAGAUUGAUGAUAUGAUGGAAGAUAUCUACAUUUUCAUC